AAACCACCAUCUUUAAAGGGGGAGAGAGGAGAUAUCGGUUAUGUCUCGCAGCCGCUGCACGUGGAUGCGCCUAAUGAAGCAUAGGCACUCGAUGCUACCGUGAAUACACUUGCGUCUUUGGCGGCAGUUCAUCCACCAUCUGAACUCCCGCUCUCAAGGCGGCACGUUAGCAGCAUCACCACAACCACUCCGAGCAUGCCACGGUGAUCCAGUGAUCUACUUGCAAGAGGCAAGGAGUGUAAGCGCCCACAGAAGCGGCAGGAUUGGCCAGCAUGGACCCAGGAAGCAUUAAUGGGGACGAGUGGCUUACGCAGCUGGUAAGGCGCGUCAAGCUUGACGAGUUGCAACUGAUUGGACCCAAGGUUGCUACUCAAACGAAUGGUGGGCUCUCCAGCUGGGCCACCGCACCGCUCUCGUGGGUCGGUAUUGCGUCCGUUGGCAGCUCCAGGCAAACAACUGCAGCGCCUGCCAACGGCAAAUCAGCUGGUCCUCUGAUCAAGACGAGCCCAUUAGUCAUCAAUCCCCAUCACCUCUUUUACCUGCUGAUCCGAUUUGAAGCACUCGGUCUUCCAGCUGGAUCUCUCGAUACGUGUCUCAGCAACCUGCCCGCGCCGCGGCCAGUCUCUUAUUAUGUAUUGCCUGAUGUUCAAGUGAGGCGCGAAGGCCCAUCCGGCCUUGGUCAUGGUAGGCGCUCGGACAAGAGCGACACGAUGAGCUUCACUUCCCUUCGCUCUGCGUUCGGCAGUUCGAGUGUCUCAGCAGCGAGCUGGUGGACCGCGCCCAGGCAUCCGCAGCAAGAUAUAACGCGCGAUCUAAAGCUACUCUUCUCGCUCUUGACAAAGCUUCCUGCGCUCAGGAUCGCUCCCACUCCCGGCACGAAGUUGAUCAAGGAUUUCGAAAAUGAUUGCCCCGGGAGGAACGGGAUUCCCAUGGAUGUGUUUAAGUCAUUGAGCACGUUGCAGAUGGAUGGCACAGAUCCGCGGGGCCUUUUAGGCUGGGACAGACUUUGCAUUCAGCUGGUCGCGCUAAGCAUACACCACAGCGGGCUGGAAGACCUUAGCGACUUGCUCAUCGAUGCUGUCGUGCACGACUGCAAAAGACGCAAGGGCGAGAAUGUCGAUGAUGGGCGGAGAAAGGUGAUUUAUUCGCCGAAUGGCAGCGCUGGCAACGAUGAUUCCUCUUCGCCGCUCAAACACGAAGCUGCUCAUGCGACCGAUGCCGCGUCGAAUGCACCGCCAAGUCAAACGCCCUCUCUGGCAUGGUACUUCUUGCGACAUUUGUCACUCGCCAACAACUCCCUCACUUUUAUACCCGAGGAACCUUUGUCGCAGCUCUGCAACCUAUCCUCUCUCGACUUGUCUUCAAAUUUGCUCAACUCGGUUCCACCCUCGCUCCACUUGCUGCCUCGCCUUGUCUCCCUCAACGUCUCCGACAACCUGAUUGACUCGGUCCUGGGCAUCUCUUCUACCAUUCCGACCAUCCGCACGCUAAUCAUUUCGAAGAACCGCCUUGAAUCGCUCUGCGGUCUCGAGCGCCUGAAAAACCUGACACGCAUCGACCUGCGUCACAACUACAUUUUUGAUGUUGGCGAAGUGGGUAGGCUUGCGCAGAUAACGCCCAUCGAGGAAGUCUACGUAGAAGGCAAUCCCAUCGUCGAAGAGCUGCCGGACUGGCGCAUCGACCUUUUCCUUCAAUUCGCAAGAGAAGGCCAGCGAAUCAAAAUCAACGGAAGCGAACCGGGGUACUUCGAAAAGCAACGCAUCACCGAGCGCUUGCCGGACGUUGGCAGACUGCGCUUUACCGACUCUCCAGAGAGUAUGCGAAAGGCACCACGGCACAAUGCGUCGCACAUGCCACUGUCAGCGGACGAUGAGAGUCGCGAAGGCCUCAUCAAGGUCGCCCUUGUGAAAUCGGUGCAUCGCUCAAGAAUUGCAUCGAGGCGCCGAGCAGAGUCGACAACCGCGAGGGAUUCGUCCAAAGAACGCCCACGUUGCACUAGCCAUGCCGCGGACGACGAGUUCAAGGGGGAUCGCAGAAGGAACGGGAGCGAUACCAGCUCCACGCGGAGUGUCGCUGUCAAGAUGCUUGCAGACAGAAAGCGCAACAAGCGCAUCGUCGAGCUCGACUCUCCAAACUCUGAUUGGAAGCAGAAUCCAAAAACGCGGUUAGCGGCGACAAGGGCAGAGAAUGGGCCUUCUCAUAUGAUUACAGAGUCCACUAGUGCUGCAGAGUCACAUUCGAUGCAACCGAAGGCCGAGGGAUCGGAUUACGCGGCAAUGUCCGAUUCGGAGGCAAUCAAAGCUGCGGUCCAUGCCGGACAGAAGUCGCUGGCCGCCAGUCCGCUCAUCAUGGCUGUUGAUGGCAAGCCGACCGAGCGAGGAAGACCCACAGGAAUGCCGAAGCUUGCCACCAAAGAUGCUCUCAGCAAGAAGGCAGAUGCUCAGGCUGGCGUGUCCUCAAGCGCAGUCACAACGCAAGUCGAUACGCCUGGUUACAAUCUCGAAAACGGACCUUUAGGCUCAGACGUUGAUCUCGCAAAGGCCGUGCUCCAGAACUUGUCAUCGGUUCCUUCAACUGCCAGCGUCGGUAUCGCCGACAGCAGCGGGACGACACCCAGCAGCCCUCUCAGGCCUCCGCGCACACUCUCGCGCACUGUCACCACAGACGACGACGUGAUCUACCAUGUAGAUCAGCUGCGAAGUCCGAAGGGCCAGGCCAGUCGGAGAAAUAGCGGCGCAAGUGGUGUGCUAUCUGCCCAGAGAGCCGUGGUAGCUACCGCCUCGAUGCAUGAAGCGCCUUCGCUUCAGCAUCGCAACGCUGACUUCUAUCGCAGAUCGUCCAUGGAACAUCCAGAAGAUCUGGAUCCAUCGCACGAAGCCCUUGCGUUCCGAAAGGGGAUUGAAGCCCUCAAGGGAGAGAUGGGUGACGAUUGGCUCACAAUGUUGGCAAAAGGGGUCUACAACCCGAAUGGGAUACCGACGCUGGGCCGGACUAGCGGCAAAGCUGCUGCCGCGGAAUACAAAACGAAGAGAUGAUCACCGCAGAAUGAGAUGUUUGUUGUACAGCACUGUAGCCUAGCCACACCAUUUGCUUCCAGAAGAGGAAGGAAUCUACCGCUUCUUGGUAGAUCCAAAACCCCC